UUUAGUUUUUAGAUUAAAAAAAUGAAAAAACAUUCAGAAGGGAUUGUUCCAGGAGAGUAGCUUCCUCAAACAUGAUCCGUCGUGACCCGGUCAGAGAAUGGGUUUGAAAGAUUAAACAGUUUUUUUCUGGGGGCCGACAGAGAUAAUGAUGCCCCCGGUAUUGCCUUCUCAUGAUUGUUGGGAUAAAUGCUGUUCGAGAGCUCCUAUAAAGGCCAGAACGGCGCUCAAGAGCCAGCAACCCCGCAUGGGCGAGAGAAACAUAGCGAGAGAGAGAGAUAUAUGUACGUGUAUAAUGAAGUGUUCUAGAGACAGCGACAGAGAGUUCAGGAGAGAGUGCAGUCCAAAGUAAGAGGACAUAGAGAGAGAGAGAGAAAGAGUUCGGGAGCGACAAAUAGAGAGUUCAGAAAAGCGCUUACUACAGAAGUCAGUAUUUAUAUUUCAGGAGAGAACGCGGUAGAGCGUUCGGCAAAGAGCUCAGUUGAGAGUUCAGUGGAAUAGUUGAGGAAAGAGUUCAGGAUCUAGCUCGCUAUAACCAUGGCGCGUCCACAUCCCCAUCGGCUGUUCCUGGGGACCCUCGCUCUGGCUCUGACCGGCAUCGUGUCUGUGUUCUACCACAAGCCGGGCCAGCUGCAUGGCGGUCCGUGGCAGGCGCUGGACGCCGGCGACGCAACGUCGCAACCUCCGCGUCGCACCAACACCCUCAUCCUGUCCAGCUGGCGGUCUGGGUCGUCCUUCCUGGGCCAGCUCUUCAACCAGCACCCCGGCGUCUUCUAUCUGAUGGAGCCCAUGAAGCACAUUUGGACCAAGUUUGACAAGACUGGCGAGUCGGCGCUGCGAGGCGCCGCGCGGGACCUGCUGCGCUCGCUGUGCGCCUGCGACGAGACGGCCCUCCAGUUUUACAUCGACAAUCCCCGUCGACUCAACUCGCUCUUCAUGUUCCACAGCAGCACGGCGCUCUGCAGUGUCCCCGCGUGCCCGGAGGAGGCGGCCGCGGUGGCCAACAACAGCGCGGGCAUCCAGUGCUGGCUAUCGUGCGGCGGCGCCCCCUUCGAGGGGAUCGGCCGCGCGUGCGAGCAGAGGCGGCACACGGUGAUCAAGAGCGUGCGCUUCUUCGACAUCAGCUCUCUCCGUCCCCUCGUCGCGGAUCCGGCGGUGCGUCUCAGGAUCAUCCACCUCGUCAGGGACCCGCGCGCUGUCCUCUCGUCGCGCCGCAAACUCAAGGGCUACUCCCUGGCGGGUGACGACCAAAUGGUGCUGGGCCGCCCCAACGUCGACCAGCAGUCGGACUCCGUCGAGGUGAUGCAGAGGAUCUGCCGAGGCAUGGACGACAUCGGCGCAGCCGUCGCGGAGGACGCAGCGCGCAGCGUGAGCGGUCGACGAGGAGAGGAGGGAGGAAGCGACGCCCUGAGAGGCGCCUACAUGGCGGUGCGCUACGAGGACCUGGUGAGCAGGCCCGAGCGGACGACGCGUGACAUGUUCCGCUUCGCCGGCAUUGAGCUGCCCGCCGCCGUGUCGUCCUGGGUGCGGGACAUGACCCAGGGGCAGAGGGAAGGGCCCGGAGGGUUCGAGGUGGAGAGGCUGCGCUCGCUCGCCGUGGCGCGCAAGUGGAGGUGGAGCAUGAGCUUCGAGGACGCGCGCGCCGCGCAGGACGCGUGCCGCGACGCCAUGCGGAGGUUCCGCUACCGCGAGUUCGCCAGCGAGGGGGAACUCCGCAACGCGAGCGUCGACGCCUUCUACUGAGCGACGCGGGAGGGACGGGGGCGCGUGGCGGGGCGAUGGGGGCACACGGGUCCGGCGUCCUCGUCCUCGUCGUUCUGAGCAUAAAGAACGUCGUCAUUUACGUGACAUUUUUUUAUCGUCAGAAGCCGUACUCUUUGGUUCCUCUGUGAGAACAAAGAUGAACAAAACCCUCGAAUAGCCUCAACAGACUUUCGGGACAAGAGCUGUUGGCGCUGUGAAAGUCAGUACGGGACACUAAUGAGUGGGUGGUCAGCACCACGCCCGGCCGCCUUUGUAUCCCGAAUGGCGACGUUUACACACACCGCACCAAGUACUCAUUUGACGCUGAGUUUUAACCUAGGGGAGUCCUAGAGCCGGUUCCGAGAAUUGUCACUGGCGUUGGCAGCCGUGAGCGGGGAUUGAACUCUGGUUGUAGCACAGCGCACUAACCACUGUACUACAGCUCCGCACUCCUGCUGCACCCUGUGCUAGCUACACGUGUUUUGUGUACACAAGCAAACUCGAGAUCGGUGUUUGACAUUGAAUGUAUCAUCAGCGUUUGUUUGUUCUCUGUCCAAUAAAAUAACGUUUUGAAAAAUAUUGACUUUUUUUUUUCAAAGUUAAUAUUUUUUAUAGGCUGUGGUCUCUUGUGUCCUGUCCUGUAUAACGAGUCACGACAGUUAACGCGACUGUAAGUACAGCACUGCUGUGUUAGCCAGACGGUUAACGCGACUGUAAGUACAGCCCUGCUGUGUUAGCCACUGCUUGAUGAGGGCCCAUUUCCAAGCCACCAUGCCGGUCCGAUCGGGUUGGUAAAGUGGGGAGCAUAGAAGUUCAGUACAACAAUACGACCGGGGGGUGGAGGCGUGCGGAGAGGGGGCAUAGCAGCAGAAGCCUGCACCAGGUCACGCCGGGAAUUCAACCAUCUCCGUGAUUUUUGCUUUUUUCGUGAGACAGUGCCAGUCACAUUGCACCACGUUAUUAUUUUGGCUGUUGGAGGCAACCCGUGCAAACCCCGGUGGGACAAACAUAACAACUCCACGGGGAAAGGCGCCCGAGCCAGGUGUCGAACCCAGGUGGUUCAGCUCUUGCAGUGAGUCGCGAGUGUUCACCGCCGACGUCGAGUUCUGGGUUAUCCUGCCGAACCUCAGCCCGAGCGCUGGGUCGGGGCGGGAGACGCAGCGCACGCAGAACACAUCGCUCUAGCAGUGCUCAGCUCCGAAUGCCCAUCGCAGGGUGCCGGGGCUUCGUUGCAUGCACGAGCAUUUGUAUCAACUCCCUCCCGUCUCUCGCGCGACCGCGGGGGGCAGAGGGGGUCAGGCCAUGCAGAGAGAGAGAGAGAGUGAGGCUGGCUCCAUUCGGUGAUGAUGAGCACAGCUUUCGCGAAAACAGAACGUUCAGCAGUAACGUGAUUUUUUUUGUUGCAGUAGGAAGGUACAGCUUGUAUUUUGUUGGUGCUCAGCUCAGGGAAAGUGUUCGUGUGAAUAUAUAGGGUCAAUAAUAGAGGUUUUUUU